UUUUAGGUUAAAGCUGUUCCUGCAAAGGUUGAAGAAUUCCGUGCAUCCCUACGAAAACUUGGAGAUAUAUAUGUCAAUGAUGCCUUUGGUACUGCCCAUCGUGCUCACUCUUCCAUGGUUGGUCAAGGAUUUGAUCAGCGAGCUUCAGGGUUCCUACUUAAGAAAGAGCUUUCAUACUUUGCCAAGGCUUUGGAGGAUCCUGAAAGGCCAUUUUUGGCAAUCUUGGGAGGAGCAAAGGUAAAGGACAAGAUUCAGCUGAUUGAAAACAUGUUGGACCGCGUUGACGAGAUGAUGAUUGUCGGAGGCAUGUCUUUCACAUUCCUCAAGGUUAUGAAAAAUAUGGAGAUUGGUACAUCCCUGUAUGAUGCAGAUGGUGCCAAGAUCGUAGAGAAGCUUAUGGCCAAAGCAGAGAAAAAGAAUGUCAAGAUGCACUUCCCGGUGGAUUUCAUCACUGGUGACAAAUUUGAUGAAAAUGCAAAUACUGGUACUGCCACAGCUGAGGCUGGUAUUCCUGCUGAUUGGAUGGGUUUGGAUAGUGGACCAGAGUCUGUUGAUGCUUUUAAGGGACCAAUCGCCAGGGCAAAGAUCAUUGUUUGGAAUGGACCAUGUGGUGUGUUUGAGUUUGACAAAUUUGCAAGUGGAACAAAGAGUGUCAUGGAUAUGGUUGUAGAUGCAACAAAAGCUGGUUGUACCACUAUAAUUGGAGGAGGAGAUACUGCUACUUGCUGUGCUAAGUGGGGCACUGAGGAUAAGGUUUCUCAUGUGUCAACUGGAGGUGGUGCUUCUCUUGAGCUUCUUGAAGGGAAGACCCUUCCUGGAGUGGCUGCUCUCUCAGAUGCUUAAAUAUUCACAAACAGUAUAGAAUUUUAGGUAUUGUCAGGUAAUAAUUGGGAUUCAUCAGCUGCAUAAAUCAGUUUCUGGAGACAAAUACUUGACAUUCUUCUAUGUUCUAAACUUUUUUCAUUUUCUCAACACAGAGUAUUGCCAACAGUAAAGAUAAACGUACUAGACCAGAGUUUGUUGGUAAGUUAGGUUGGAGAGACGGAUAUACAAUAGUAAUGAUAUUGAAUUGGCAUGUGCUAUUUGUCAGUGAAUUACUAGGUUGUCAGUUAGAUAUUGAUGUAAUCUCUAGUUGUAACAUAUGUAUAAAUAGUUUGUAAAUUAGAGCCAUAGUUUCUUAAAUUAUUAUUUUUUUGUGAAUUCUAUAUCAUUAUACACAAUAAUUUAAAUAUCUUACUUCAGGCAUCUCAGACUACACCACUUGAAAAUUUUAAUCAUGUAUUUUCAGUUAUCAAAAAUCAAUAAUUGUAUUGUAAUUUUUCUGAAAUAAGAUUCAAAAUGUGAUUAGUAUUGUCAUUUAUGAAACUUAGGAACUAAUACAAAUACUGUUGCUGGUAAGUUAAAUUUUACAGACAUUGUAGAAGGAAGAUGAUUAAGAAUGUUAUAUUGUCAUUGAAAUUGUGCAAAUAAAGAACUUUGACA